AUGGCUGAGUCACAAGCAGUAUCUGCUAAGAAGGAGGAACCAAUGGUCUCUUUAGCUUUUCAUCCGCUUGCAGUUGGAAAUCCUGGGGAUAAGGAACCGACUCUUGAAGAAACCUUAGCUGUAUUAUCCAUCUUGAAAAAUGCUGGCAUAUGUUGCUUCUUUGUCGACGAAUUUGCUCUGAUCUAUUAUGGAGCUGGGAGAGUACUUAAUGAAAAUAUAUUAUGCGUUCCCGAUGAACGGCAUCAAGAAGCCGUUCAGCUCUUCAUGUCUAGCAGUGAUCUUCUAGAACCAUGCGGACCACAACCACUCAAACGUCCUGACUCCCUCAACCAUAAAUACCCUCGAUUCAAGGCAAUUGGCAGGACCGAUUUCUGGUUACUAGUCCCGGCAAGUUACUACAACAUUGACUGUAGACCAGAAAAUGUGGAAUGGAGCAAAGGUGGACUCCCAUUUCCAAAACUGGAAGUCUACGCACAAAGCCUUAUCGAUAUUAAAAACGGGGUAGAUUUACAGGACCUCAUUGAUGCCCAGGACCUGUCAGUGGAAUGGGGAGAAGAGAACCUUAACCUGGAGGGCAGUACUUGUGUUGAAUGGGCCAAGCGACGUAUUGAUGCCCUUAAAGAAGAUGGUGUUCCGGCACAUUUCAUCUUCAUUGACCCCACGCCUGUUUCUCGACGAAAGAUAUGGCAGGAAUAUGUUGAGAAUAAACAGAAGCGAAUGGGGUGGAAGUAUCCACCGGAGAUCUAUGCGACAAGGUGGCGACGUCACGGUUCUAAGGACCCUCGGACAAAAGACAGGCCAGGAUUUUAA